UCUGUACUAGUCUUAUUGGCUGGCUACAUGAGUAAUGCCGAGGUUUCCAUAUCCGCCUUUUCUAUUUGCCUUAAUAUCAACGGUUGGGAAUUCAUGAUCUGCUUGGGAUUCCUCGGUGCUGCAUGUGUACGAAUUGCGAAUGAGCUGGGAAGAGGAGAUGCUAAAGCCGUGAGAUAUUCGAUCAAAGUCCUUAUAACAACUUCGGUUGUGAUUGGAAUAUUCUUCACGAUUCUUUGCUUGGUCUUCGGCAACAAAAUCGGAUACUUAUUCACAAACGACGUCGAAGUUGCAAAUACUGUAACUGAUCUAUCGUUUCUCCUUGCCGUAUCUGUCUUGCUUAAUAGCAUUUAUCCAGUACUUUCAGGUGUGGCAGUUGGAGCAGGUUUGCAAGGGACGGUUGCAGUUAUUAACCUUUGUUGCUACUAUUUGAUCGGAAUACCGAUCGGAGCUCUACUCGGUUAUGUCGCUAAUCUUGAAGUUAAGGGAAUAUGGAUCGGAAUGAAUAUCGGAAUUCUGUGUCAGUCACUUGCACUUUGCUACAUGGCAUGGAAAACGGAUUGGGACGCACAGGUGAGAUUAGCGUCUGACCGUCUUCAGCGUUGGUACCUUAAAUCGGCCGAAGAACCCGGUACCAUUGGGCAUGCUCGAAACGAAGAUUUCUCGUGAAGAAAUAUUUGAAGAUGAUUAUUGUGUUCAAGCAUAAUAAACUAUUGUGAUGAGAUUGCUCUAUAAUUUUGCCUUUUAUUGUUUUUUUGACCAUAUUUAUGAAUGCCUUUGAUCAUUGCUUUGCCCAAGUUGGAAAGUUCUUUGCAUUGGGGAAUUUUUUGUCUUAACCAUGGUUAAUAUAGUUGUCCUGCAUUUCAUUCAACUCUUGUGUUUAGUUGUUAAUUACCAUUAAAAGAUGUAUGCAAGUGAAUCUUGGAUAAGAGACAUUUUCUAGUUAAUCGAUGGAACCGUGUAAUGUUGAAAACACGCA